AUGUUAAGGCGAAGAAUAGUUUUAACUGGUUAUCCACUGCAAAACAAUUUGAUGGAAUAUUAUUGUAUGGUUGAUUUCGUUCGUCCAUUUUAUCUAGGCACCAAAAAAGAAUUCGCCAUAAUGUUCGAAAAACCGAUUACGAAUGGUCUUUGUAUCGAUGCUACUCAAAAUGAUGUCAGAAUUGCUCGACAACGCACUCACGUUCUAGUAGAAAUGCUCAAAGGAUUUGUUCAACGACGAACCCAUCAUUUGCUCAAAAAAAUUCUGCCGCCAAGCUUUCAAUUCAUUAUUUUAUUGCGAAAAAGCCUCAUACAACGUCUUUUAUAUCGUUCGUUUCUUCAAUAUGCUUUAUCUACCAUUACAACUUUUCGAUUAUCUGUAUUCAAUCCGUUAAAAGCAUUCGCAGUUUGUUCAAAGAUUUGGGCUCAUCCAGAUAUCCUGUAUGUGGUUCUUAGGCGACAAAAAGAAGCUUAUAUUCAAAGUCGCGAAAAAACUGGUGUAGCUGAUAAUUCUCAAUGUAAGGAAUGGACUGAAAGCUUAUCAGAAAAUUAUACCUAUACUGAAUGGCUGCAUGAUAGUUCUUUGGAUAAUGCAAAUAAAAUGAAUGAAAUAAAAUCCAGUGAAAAGAUCAAGUCUAAUAGCAAUUCAAGAACAGAACGUAAUUUUCGUGAUUCUUCUCGCUCGCAUUCACCCAUACAGAAUUGCGAAAAUAUGCUUGAUAAUAAUUUCUCUAAGCACAAAGAAACAUAUGUUGACCGAUUGCUAUUGGGUGAAUUCGAUUUAGACAACAAAGUAAAUUAUGAUUGGGCUUACUCUAUUAUGGACAAUUAUGUGAUGGGAAAUAUCGAAAAUGGAUAUAAAAUUGUUUUGUCUUUGGCAAUAAUUCAACAAGCUGUUCUUAUGGGCGAGAAAAUUUUGCUUUUCAGCCAAAGUUUGUUGUCGUUGAACUUAAUCGAACAGUAUAUUAAAAAAGAUAGUACUUUAACAGCUUUAAAUGGUGGUCAACCUUGGAAACGCUUCAUCAAUUAUUUUCGUUUUGAUGGGUCGACUUCAGCUACUGAACGAGAGCGUCUUAUUAAUCUUUUUAAUGAAAAUUCCAAUGUUAACCUUUUUCUUAUAUCAACCAAAGCUGGUUCUCUAGGAAUUAAUCUUGUAUCAGCAAAUCGAGUCAUUAUAUACGACGUAUCAUGGAAUCCUUGCCAUGAUGCACAAGCAAUUUGUCGUAUAUAUAGAUAUGGUCAGACGAGGCGCACUUAUAUCUAUCGAUUAAUAAUAGAUAAUAGUAUGGAGCGUGCUAUUUUCAAUCGUCAGCUCGGAAAAUUUGGAUUAUUAAAACGAGUCGUCGAUGACCGUCAGACAGAUAUUGAUGUAACAAAGGAAGAACUGGAUCAAUUACUUGUCUAUAAUGAAGCCUUGGAUAUAAAUAACACUGAAUUCGACGUCAAUUCGUGGCAUAUAGAAGAUGAACUUCUUAAGGUCGUUGCAUCCAAAUAUUCGAAAUUCUUCUCUCAGAUGCCUAUAUUGCAUGAGUCAUUGCUUUUCGAACGAGAAGAAGGUCUUAGUAUGGAAGAAAAAAUUGAAGCACAACUUCUAUAUGAAAAAGAAAAAUGUCUUUACGACAGAGUCGAUCAUAAUCUUGAUCUUUUGCGGAGUUCUGGAAGCCAGGUUUUCACAUCGUCUUCGCAGGGAAAUUUCGUAGAUCGGACUUACAGUUCUACUGCACAUUUGCCUGAUUUUGGGCCUUAUUCUUUGAUGCAACCGACACCAACACCUACGCCGCUGGAAAUGGUUCUUCAAAAAAUCUUGCCUUUCAAUCCAGAAAGAACAGAUUUUAUCCGUCGUCGUAAAGAAAAACGUAUCGAAGUUAAGAACGCGGCAAAUAUGUUAGCAGGUGGAAAAGUUACACAAAUAACAGUGGAUAGAGAAUUAACAUUGCCAUCCAUAACGGAAUCUGGAAAAAUGCAUAAGUUAAUGCCAGACGAACGUCUUUUCUUGGUUACUUUGCCUACGGGAGUUUUUCUUCGCUCUUUGAAUGGUGAAAUAUAUGAUGCCAGAAAUUCGAUUUAUGAUCCAAAUCGAAGUAAGAAGCUUUUAUUUCAGUUUCAUAUAUUUUUAUCGAUUGAACAAUUUAUAGCCUAG